UCCCUCCUUCCAGCCUCCUACUUGGAAGUUGGAAAUCUCCUGCAGAAGAAAUGGCGACUGGGCGGCGGGCAUGGCUUCAAAGCUCCCUGCCCGUCCUUGCUAUGGUGACAGCAGUUAUAGCUUUAGCCUUCAACAUGAUUAUCAGCAAAUUGGCUAUGUCCAAUGGGGUCAGCUUUUACACUUUGUCCGUCUUCUCUAAUGGCUUGGCCGCUCUCAUUCUUUUCCCCACAGCCUUUCUAAUCCACAGGUCACAGAGGCCCCGAUUAUCGUUUCCUGUCCUCUGGAGGAUUUUCUUGCUUGCUUCUUUUGGAUGCUUUGCAGAGAUAGGUAGUUAUGCUGGCAUAAAUUUCAGCUCUCCGACACUGAGUACAGCCAUGUUGAAUCUGGUUCCAGCAUUCACCUAUGCCCUUGCUGUUAUAUUCAGAAUGGAAGAACUAGAUUUUAGAAGCUCAAGUACCAUAUCAAAAUCUUUGGGCACUAUUACAUCUAUCCUGGGCGCAUUCAUCGUGACAUUUUAUAAUGGACCGGCUAUCCUUAAUUCACCUGCAACCUCUGGAUCUUUUAAUCAGCUUUUGUUGCCAUCCACACCAAAUUGGGUCCUUGGGGGACUUUUGCUUAUCUUUGCCUCAUUCGCCACUGCAGCAUGGUGCAUACUUCAGGCUGCCAUAUUGAAGAUGUAUCCAGCUGAAAUGAUUGUAGUGGCUAUAUACUGCUUAUUCGUCAUGAUCCAGUCAUCUAUUGUUACUCUGAUUGCAGAAAGAGAUAGAAGGGCAUGGCGAAUUGAAACAAAGAUUGGGUUACUCGCCGUCCUCUACUCGGCCAUCAUUAACAUAGCAUAUAGGCUUUAUGUUACGGCUUGGUGCAUAUGGAAGAGGGGGCCAUUCUUUGUUUCCCUUUUUAAACCAUUGACUAUUGUCAUUGCUGUUGUAAUCGGUGUUGUCUUCAUGGGUGAUGUUCUCUAUGUUGGAAGUUUGAUUGGUGCAGUGGUGUUGGUCGUUGGAUUCUAUGCUGUGCUGUGGGGAAAAGCUAAAGAAGCGGAGGAAAUUGAUGGAUUGGAAUCAUCAACUCCUUUGUUGCAAUAGUUGAUUAUGCCACUCGUAUUCAUUAAAAUAAGGAUGAGCUGGAGGUUGGUAAAGCUUUAUGUUUGCCAAGUUCAGAGUUUAUGGUGUGCCUGAAGUAACAAUUUCUGAUGAAGAUCCGAUCUUUCGAUCUCACUUCUGGUAGAUGUAGCAAAGUAAUUUGGAAGACAUACCUAAGUGAUACAGAGAGGUGCUAGGGCUAGAGAUGGUCAAGAAAAUGAUGGAUCAUACUGAGUAAUUCGAGUCAAGAUGAACAUGCGGGAAUAUUGUCAGAAAAAUUACACCAGAAAAUAACUUAGGUGAUAGAAGGGUCCUAGUCCUACAGAUUUCUGAGAAAUUGAUAGAUCUUAUUAGAGUCUUGAUGAAAGCAAUCCAAUAUUGUCAGAUAAGUUACACCUAGAAGGCAAGAAGAGACAUUAACUAGAGCUUGAAGAUUCUCUUGCUAAAGAUAACUUAAAGAUAAGUUAUUCGAGCUAUCUAGGAACAUAAACAAGGUAUAGAUAAAUUUUUGAAAUAGGAAAGGAAAUAGAUGCAAACCAGAAUAUGUGCACAAGACAUGUAAGUAGAGACUCAAAUUAUUAGGAUGUUAGAAAUAGAGAGCCUGAACUGUGAACAAAGAACAAUGGAAACUACUGUGUGAGCUUGCAGGAAUAAAA